AUGGAGCCACGAGAAAGCUUUGACGACGAGGGCGCGCCUCCCCAGGCAUAUCGCGACGACGAGACUGCCAACACUUCUUUUGCCGAGCCUGCCGACGUACCCGCCAACUCCGAGACAUCCGGCGACGAGUACUAUAGCCCGCAAGAGCCUUACUACGCCAAUAAAUAUAUCCCACCGCGGUUGCAACGUAUAUGGAACAAUGUUGUUGUAUGGGUCAAGGGUCCUCAGCCACCACGACCGUGGAAGAUACAUCCCUUCUUUUCCAAGAUACAGACUGCGCCGAUCCAGUUGUUGAACAACUACUUCCCAGAGCGAAGACAGAAGAUUGCCCUGCUGGCCUUUUUCUACUUCUGCUGGCUUCUCACCUUUGGAUUGGUCCUGCAUCGAAGCGCGUUCGCAGCAGACAUACCGGGAUACGGAAGCCCAGUGCGCAUACGGUGUACAGAUCGCUUUUGGAGCGAUGGCAAUGGUUGCGGGCUGAAUGGAGAUCUAUGCCGGCCCUUUGAGAACAGCACCAUGCCGUUCCGUUGCCCGGCAAACUGCAGGCGCGAGCAGUUGCUGAAUCCACAUGCUGUUGGUGACAAGAACGUAAACUACCAUCAACUCGUUAUUGGUGGACCCACCGACGAGCAAGAGACACUGGAAAACACAUACUACCGUGCUGACUCUUUUAUCUGCGGAGCGGCUAUUCAUGCUGGUUUUAUAAACGACGCGUCCGGUGGUUGUGGAGUUGUUGCGCAGAUUGGUGAGAAGAUCGAGUACCCCAGCGUGAACAGGAGGCAUAUCAAGAGUAUUGGCUUUGACUCUUAUUUCCCACGGUCUUUCUCCUUCCUGUCUGGUACACAAGCCAAAUGUCGCGACCUGCGGUGGCCACUGCUAGGCGUGUCGCUAACUUUUACCAUCCUGUUGUCUUUGUUCACAACAUCGCCAUCCGUCUUUUUCUCCUCCAUCUUCUUUGGUGUCUUCUUCCACGUUGCGCUUGCAUCAGACCCACCAAACCUUACCGACUACUACUCCAUCAUCAGUAUUGCCCUGGCGCGCUUUCUUCCGGCAUCAUUCUGCAUGUAUGCCGUCUACCAAUUUGCGGUGCGUCGUCAACUGCAAGGCCUCCACGCACAGGUUGAGAAAACCAUCCUUUGGCUUGGAGGGUGUUGGAUCGGUGCUUUAAACAACUACACGUUCGACAAGAUUCCUAUCGAGCGCCUCACACCACACGACAUCAAGAAUCAGCCAGGUGCCAUUCCAGCGCUGAUCAUUAUCGUCCUUAUCUUGUUCACCAUCGCCUUGGGACAAGCCUGGUCGUUCCGUGUCGAGGGUCGCCUGCCGCGCUACCUCGCCAUCUAUGGUGCUCUGGUUGGAGGCAUUCUUGCGCUUGUUGCCAUCCCAAAGAUGAAUGUUCGCAUCCACCACUAUAUCCUCGGCUUGCUACUUGUUCCUGGUACAUCUAUGCAAACACGUCCAUCUCUACUCUUUCAAGGCAUUUUGAUCGGCCUCUUCAUCAAUGGCACUGCACGGUGGGGCUUCGCCAGCAUCCUCGAGACGCCUAGUGCACUUCGCGGUGACGCACCUAUGGGCACCUUACUUCCUAUCAUUACUGCGCCAAUCAUCCACAAUAACCUGAACAUUCACCAUUUGAGACCGAACAUCACCUUCGAUUGGCACUUCCCUUUCCCCGAACCUUAUGACGGGAUAAGUGUCUUGGUCAACGAUGUGGAAAGGUACCAUGAAUACGCUGACCGUAUGGAGGAAAGCUGGACUUGGACUAGACACAUGGAAAACGUCAACGAAUAUUUCCGCUUUGGAUACUUGAAGGGUGGAGGAAGAGGCGACUACACGAAAGCUGGAGUUUGGAGAGCAGAUGGUGGUUGGACGGAGAUGGCUUCUGGUCCAUCUUGA